AUGCCCGCUGGCGCGACGCCGCCCCGCGGACCGGCGAAGCCGCCAGGGCCGCCGCCGGCGAAGCCGCCGGGCAUCCCGCCCCCUGCCGCCGCGGCCGCCUCGGCUGCCAGCGGCGUGGACCCCGCUGCCGCGACCACCCGGGUCCCCGGCAGCGAGGGCGACGAGGCAGCCUACGCCGAGGAGUGGGCUGGCUGGACGGGCGGAGGCUGGUGGCGCCAGGAGAGUUCAACCUGGGACGGGGGAAGAGGACUCGACGCUGGCCUGUCUCAGACGGCGCCAAGCUACGAGCUGCUGAAGACCGACGGCUACCGAGUUUUCAGACGAAAGCUAGAGGUCUUCGAGAGGUGCUGCCGCAAGCGCGGCACGACAGCCAUCAGCGAGGGAGCGUUUCUGGUCAUGAACUCGCUGCAAGGAGAGGGGGCCGAGGCUACGGGGGAGAUCGACCUGGACCUGCUGGAGACAGACGAGGCCUUCAGGCCGCUGUUCAAGGUCCUGGAUGAGUACUACAAGUACGACAACCAGACUGAGCUGCCAGCCCGGACGGAUCAGUUCUUCGGCAGGUUCGCCCGCCAGGAGAAGGAGUCCAUGAAGUUGUACUGCCUACGCCAUCAGCGCGACAUCAGGAAGCUGAGGGAAGUGGGCAUGGAGAUUCCUGAUAUGCUAGCGGGCUGGCACCUCCUCACGAGAGCGGCGAUCCCACCGUCAGGCGCCGCCCAAAUUCGAAGUCAAUGCGUAGACGGCCUCAGCUGGCAGAAGGUGAAGAAGGCUUUGCUCGACACGUACGGAGCCGAGGGUCUGCCCGACAAGCGCGACAUCAAACGAGUGGAGAAGAUGCUGCUCGGGCAGAAUACCAAGGACGACGCUCACUACACGAGCGAUUACGAGUGGAGAGAGGAGCUGCCGCAGGAUGUUGGGGGCGCUCAGCUCGCGUGCGACGAGGCCUACCUAAGUGCAAAGAAGCGCGUGGCUGAGAUCGCGAAGUCCAGAGGCUCGACGCAGCAGCACGGCCAGAGGUUCAAGAGGUUCCGCCACGGCGGGUUCACCAGGCCGGAGACCGAGUCAGGCAACAUGGUCGAGGACGUCGAGACGUUGGAGUGCGCGAACUCGACCGAGGAGGUGUUCCUGCUGACAGUCGGCAAGGGCAUCAGCGACGGAGGCGCUACGCGGCCCGUCAUGGGCGACAAGGUCUGGGCGCAGUGGGAGGAGCUGCUGCGCGUGAAGCAGUUGCUGCACGAGGUCAAGUAUGAGAAGAGUGAUCGACGGUUCAGGUUCGGAGACGGUAAGACCCUGGAGGCAAAGAAGGCAGUGACGUUGUCGGUAUGGCCGUUCGGAAUUAAGAAGCAAGUCGCCAUCCACCUCGUCGAGGGGUGGACGCCGCUGCUCAUCGCCAGGCCCUGCAUGGAAGAGCGGGGUCUCAUUCAGGACUAUCGAGCAGGCACGUUCAUGAUGAAGGACCUUCCCGACAAAGGUUGGAUGAAGUCCGAGCGAGAUGAGAAAGGCCACUUCAUCAUCGAUUUGUUGGGCAGCGCCGGGAAGGAAGCAGACGACGCCAUGAACGAGGGCGCUCCCACGGACGGCGAGGAGAGCAGCGACGACUCGACGGACAAGGACUCAGAGGGGAGCUCGGCGAAGGGAGAGACUGACGACCGCAGCGACUCGUCGGUGCCCGACGCCGAUGCCUACUACCUCGAGACCGUCCCGGAGUUCUACGACAUCGGUAGCGACGACGAGGCGCUGACAACCGAGGGGUUCUCAGACAUGGACGCGGACACCUACUCAGACCUGAUCUUGGCCCUGGAGCAAGCGGAGACCGACAUGAAGGAUACGCUCAGAGGACCCCGCGAACGCGUGGUCUGGGAGGUCUUCGUGGACCAAGGGGCUUUGUCGGAGGAGCUGCUGGAGUUCCCGCAGGUCAAGGUGAUCCAGUUCAGGCUGGGCGCCAAGUUCGAGAUCAAGGGUAAGUUCAUGCCGUACCAGAAGCCCACGCGACUCCAGUCCACGAACAAAGAGUUUGCUCACCACAUGAACGUGAAAUGCAGCUGUACCGAGGAGCACGUGGUCUUACGCGGCAAGCUUGCCCAGCAGGCUCAGAACUACCCGAGACCGAUGGCGCGAAGGAUGGCCUACUUGAUCGCCUAUCAGGGCAUGGCCGACGACAUUAAGGAUAUCAACACCGCCGAGGAGGUCUCCAAGGACAUCGACGCCAUCGAGUACACCGACGUGAUGCAGGAGCUGAUGAAGCGUUUCAACGUGUCGACGAUCAGGGCGGUCAAGCGCGCUCACAUCAGCCUGGGCCACCCGUCCAACACGGCGCUGGCGACCGCCGUGAAGCACGCGAAGGCCCCGGCCGAGUGGCUUCAGUGUGCCAAGCUCCUCCAGUGUGAAGUCUGCCCGAGCGGGCAACGACCUCGAGCAGUGCGCGUAGCUGUACUGACGAAGGCUAAACGGUUCAACGAGGUCGUGAACAACGACGUCUACUACGUCACCUGGAAGAACAAGGAGCGAAAGAUCUCGGCCAUGAUGGAUGAGUUCACGCGCUACGAGGUGGAUUACCCGAUCGCGAAGGAGACUUUCAAGAAGGAGGUGAAGCUGUUUCAGAAAUUGUGGCUCAGCUGGGCUGGCAAGCCCGACGCCAUGAGGAUGGACAUGGCAGGCUCGCACACGUCAAGGAAGAUGCACCAGUGGACGAGCAAGCACAACAUCACACUCGACCUGAUCCCGAAGGGCGCGCGCCACAAACCCGGACUCAUGGAGCGCAACCAUGCGGUCAGGAGGGAGCAGCUCAGCAAGUACCACCUGCAGUUCCCCGGCGACUCGCUCAAGACCGCGCUCAGGAUGACCGCCAGCCAGCGGAACAUCUUACGCAACGUGCACGGAUAUUCGCCCGCGACGCUGGUGCUGGGCACACAGCCCAAGGUGCCUGGCGCGUUGUGCGUCGAGGACUUCGGCCUGGCGGAGCAGGCCGCGCUGGUCGAUCCCAAGAGCGAGGUGCACGAGAUGAUGGUCAGGCGCGCUGCGGCGGGGACGGCUUUCAUCGAGGCCAACUGCUCUCGUGCCGUGCGAGCUGCGCUGUUGGCGCGCAGCUGGCCGACACGCCGCGAGUGCCAGAUCGGCGAGUGGGUCUACUUCUGGCGACCCGAGAUGUCGACGGGCCUGGAGAAGUGCCACUGGCAUGGCCUGGCGCUGGUGGUGGCGGUGGAGUCGAAGGUCAACGAGGACGACGUGAUGCACACGUCCGUGGCGUGGGUCACGCACGGGCGCACGAUCUACCGCUGCACGGUGGAGCAGCUCCGUCCCGAGCUGUCCAGUGAGACCCGAGAGCGAGAAGGACGACGCGAGGAUCCCGACAGCCUACUCAGCACCAUCGAGAAGCUGAGGAGGGCGCUCAGGCGGACCAAGGGCACCUGCAGCUUCAGUGACCUCGCCGAGGGGGGCCAGCGGCCCCAGUACGACGACACCCUGGACGACAUGGGCGCGCAGCAGCCCGGCGCCCAGGGACACCGCGAUGGAGAUCCUGUUGUCCACAUCGAGGCGAUGGCCAAGAGGAGCAUCGAGGAGGCCGAGAAGCUGGACGGCAUCCCCUUGGCAAAACGCGCCCGCAUGUCGUGGGCCAGGCUCGCGCCGCAGCAGGAGCGGGAGCAGUUCUACGCAGCCAAGCUGGAGGCCCUCGAGGUGUUCAACAAGAACGACGGCUGGGAACCCAUCGACGAAGCGGAGGUGGACCCAGCGGCGCGUUGCCCGUUACGCUUCCUGCUGAAAUGGAAGGUGAAGGACGGGCAGCGAGUGGCCAACGCGCGAGUGCUUUACCAGGGUUUCAAGCACCGCGACGUGGCCGAGGGCCAGCUUGACAAGGAGGCGCCCACUUUGAGCAGGCUUGGCCGACACACGGUCAUGCUGUGGGCCGCCUUGAGGAAGUGGAGGCUGUUCGCUGCGGAUGUGAAGUCCGCAUUCCUGCAGGCCGAGGACGUCAGUGCCCACGGCAUCAAGCUGUACGCGAGCCCGACGAAGGAGAUGAGGGACAUGCUUGUACACCAGAUCGGCCUGCAGCCAGGACAGUUGCUCAAGAUGAUCAAGCCUUGCUUUGGGGACCCGCGGUCGCCCAAGCUCUGGCACCACCGCUCCGACGCAGUCACGAGGGAGAUCGGGUUCAGGAACCACUGGCUCGAGGAGUGCUUGCUGCUGUCCUUGCGGGCCGCGCGACCCUCGGACGACCCGCUCGACGUGUGCAGUUUCGACGGCCAGACGUUCGUGGUGGACGGGCUGAUCGGCAAGCACGUGGACGACUUCAUCGGAUGCGGCGAGAACGUGAGUUGCGAGGAUGACCUGCACGCCAAGCUGGACGACACCGAGUGCUUCCAGGCGCGGCUGGGCAUGCUCAACGAGAAGUUCAAGUUCGGCAAGUGGGAGUUCGGGCCAAGCCUAGUCUUCACCGGCGGCGAGGUUGAGCAGUCCCUGAGCACCCACGCGAUCACCAUCAAGUUCGAGAAGUACCUGCACGCGGUGAAACCCAUCACCGUGGAGAAGCACCGGCGGGCAGAUCCCACCAGUGCGCUGUCGCCGAAGGAGCUCACCAAUUUCAGGACCCUGGACGGCCAGCUGCAGUGGCCGGCAGCCCAGGGGGUUAUCAUCGCGGCGGCGACCGUAUCGUUCAGAGCCGCAGCGACUGGACAUGCGACGAUGCAGGACUUGCUGGACGCGAACAAAAAAAAUACGGCUCCUGAAGGAGGCUAUCAGAUCUUCGUCGGACCCGAGGACGAGCUCAACGCCGGCACCCCGACACCGUUCGUGGCCAUGGAGUGGGCCUCGAAGAACCUGGCGCGGUUGUGCAGGAGCUCGCUGUCCGCCGAGGCACAAGCCGCGGCGAUGGGAGCCGACUCGCUGAUGUGGUUGAAGGCCUUCUUGGCCCUGAGUCUGAGGCCCGACCUCGGACAUGGCGCCGCCAUGACAUACCUCGGAGAGUCGCCGUUCAUCACGGACGCGAAGUGCCUCUACGACGCCUCGCGGUCAGCUACGGCGGGGUUGGGCAUCACAGAAAAGAGGACGGCCAUCGAGGUGAAGAUCGUGAACGAGCAGCUGGCAGAGAUGAUGGCGGAUGUGUUACGCCGUGGAGUUCAUGCCUUGCUAUACGACCCCGACUUCGUGGCCGGCAAGAAACUCACCAAGCGCGCGAUGGAGCAACGCGAGAAGGAGCUGGACCAGGCAGGAGAAGAGUUGCUCGGCACUUUCGAGAAAGAGCCCGUGGCGAAGGUGGUACAGUAUACGCCCAGCGGCGUCGAGCUGUUCCACCCACCGACCAACGACGGCUGGGACAACCUGCUGGUGAGGCUGGCCAUGUUCGGAUUCAUGAUGGCGAUGCUCAUGGCUUUUGGCUGUGGAUUCUGGGUCGGCACCUGGUGGACGCGCUGGACUACGACGGGCGCUGAGCAGAAGAGCAUCAGGCCGCGUGAGCCUGAGACCGAGCCGAACCCCAAUAAGACGGAGAAGCACUACGUCGAGGGGACCGAGAGGAUGACGACAGGUGUGAACACCAAGCAGCCACGCCAAAAGAAGGUGCGCCACAUGAUGUGCCAGGCGCAAUGCCGCUACAACCAGGACACGCAGACGCCGAGGUUCCAGCCGCUGCCCGAGUACGCGCACGGAGCUUUCAUCGGAUAG